GCCCGCCCAGCGCUGCGGCCUCGCGAUCCAAGGCUUCCUCGCCUCAGGAGCCCGAAGCCAGCCACAAAGAGCUGGAAGAGGCCCAGGCUCAGGUCAUUCCGCCCAGGCUGCCUGGCGAAGUGCCGGUGCCGCUGCCCGGCUGGCGUGUGGCCUGCAGGCUCUCACCUGAAGAUGCACGUUCUCGCUGGGGGAGCCGGCCACGUCCAGGAGGUGGCCAGCCCACGGGCUUUGCUCAGCUUCAGGUCAGCGUGGAACCGGAAGGACCUUUGGAGUUCCCCGUGCAGUUGGUCCCGAGUUGGGUCGAGCCUGCUGUGGCCUCGCUUUUUGCCGGUCGCUACGAGGUACAGCGGGCGCUGCCACGGCGGCCCUGGGCCCAUCAGCUCUUCGAGGUCUUCGACCGCGAGGAUUGCGUCUCCAGGGCCCUGGAGGUCUUCGAGCUGUCUGGCACGGAAGAGGCGCAGAGGCUCACCCGUCGUCUGCAAAUCGAAUUUCUGGACGAGGAGGGCGGAUUGUUUCUGAGGUCUCGGCACGCCUUCCUCGGGCUGCCGAGCCAUGUGGGUGUCGUGGAGGAUCUCCACAAGGCUUCUCUGUGGGAGGAGCUCGGCAGGUGCGACUCCUCGUCGGGACGAGCCUGUUUUGUGCUCUUGGAAGCAGCGGCCGCUGCUUUGCGCGGCCUUCAGAGGCUGCACUCCCACAACUGGGUUAUGUGCAAAGUUUCACCCGAAAGCUUGUGUUUGGCGCUGGAUGGCCGGUGGAAACUGACGGGUGUCCACGCUGCUCAGAAGGUCUCCGAACUGGAACCUUCCUGCUGGGGAGCCACGCUGCUGCCCGAGGUACUGCUGGAACUCCCCCUGACCGAGAAGAGCGACCUGUGGCUACUGGGCGCCUGCCUUUGCGAGGCUCUGCUCCAGGAGCGGAUCGAGCCCGGGCCAGGUGGGCGGGUCGAGCGGCUUUGUGGCCUCGUGGAGUUCUUGGGGUCCCUGCCGGCCGACUUGGUUCUUCACCAUCCCAAGCGCGAGGAGAUUUUUACGCCGGAGGGCCAUCUUCUGAGAAGGGCCGGCCCGGACCGGCUGGAGGCUAUCGAGCCACUGGGUGGCCUCACGUUGCUCAAGGGCGACUCAGCCCCGCGGCCCAAGGCCGUGCUGAAGGCGUUGAAGCACGUGCCGGAGAAAGCUCAGCUCCUGGACCUGCUGGGUGCUCUGCUGCAUGCGGACCCUGUGAAGCGACCGAGUGCUGCCGCGCUGGCACGGGCGAGGCCAACCCCAGACGAAUGGAGGAGUGACUGUGAAGACACGGCUGGUCCUGCCUCCUUGGAAGGUGAAAGCAUGCAGGUAAACAGAAAAGAGAUCGUCGAAAAAGAAUCUGCUCCUGCGGCGCCUGCCAAGAAGACCGUGGAUUUCAAUGCGGAGGUCCCGGAACCGCAGGGUGCCUCUCCAUCCAAAGCAGCUCGCAAAGGCACGGGUUUCGUAUCGGCAGUUGACCUGCCGUUGACGGAUGAGGAGGACGAGCCAGAAGAGGAGGCCGAAGGCGGCAGAGAGGCCGCCCCUUCGGCGCCUCCCAAAAAGAGUGUGGACUUCGAUGCCGUGCCGGAGCCACGAAGCAGCGCUCCGUCCAAGGCCACACGCAAAGGCACGGGCUUCGUAUUGACGGCGGACCUACCGUUGACAGACGAGGAGGACGAGGAGGAUGAGAAGGCAGAGGUUCCUUCCAAGCCUGCAAAGAAGAACGUGGACUUCAGUGCGGUGCCGGAGCCACAAGGGGCUGCUCCGUCCAAGGCGACACGCAAAGGCACGGGUUUCGUGUUGGCGGCCGACUUGCCGUUGACCGACGAGGAAGAUGAGCCGGACGAGGCCGCAGGCCGCAGAGAUGUUGCCCCUACAUCGCCAAUGUCGCCGGCGCCGAAGCCAUGGAACGUGGCAUCCAAGACAGCUAAAAAAGGCAAGAGUUUCGUGUUGACAGAAGAGCUGCCGUUGACGGACGAGGAGAACGAGGAGGAUGUGAAGGCGGAAGGUGCAGCGAAAACGACAAGGAACGUUGCCUUCAGCGCG